AUGGCGGGCGCUUUCCCUCCCGGGUCGCUCGUCGACCCCAUGUCCCACGACGACGACUACGGCGGCGCCACCGUCGCGACGAUCACGUUCGACGACCACGGCGCGUUCGGCGUCGAACUCAAGGCGUCCCAAGGCCGCGCCGGUUGGAAAACCUCGGGGCUGGAUACGUUACUGGCGCCCUCGGCCAUCCCCGCCCACGGCGCGCCCUUCGACGCGACGGCGCCGGCGGUGCCCCUCGCGGACGCCCACGACAUCGUCCCCGAGCGGUAUCGAAUCCGCGACGUCACGCACCACGCCCUCGACGACCUCGAACUCUUCCACCGCGCCGUCGACGGCGACGACGACACCUGGGACGUCCUCCUCGGCGCCUUCGAGGAGCACUGCCUGGAGCGAGGACACCGCGCGAAUGCGAAUGCCGAUCUCCUCGACGCCCGUCGCGACGACGCCGCCGCGGACGACCAUCACCCGGACCCCGCGGACCCGACACCCCCACGACGACCGAGGGCGUCCACGUCCAAGAGCACCUCGGGGGAUGAACGCGUCCGGAGGCCCGAGGAGGCUGAGGGUACCACAGGACAAAUGCUCUCCGUCGAUCGACGAUGCUCCGACGACGACGGGUCCAACGGCUCGACCAAUCGCACCACCGUUCGCCAAUCGCCGUCGCACGCGGAUCUCGACGAGGCGGUCCGCAGGUGGUCCGUCGGGGAAGGCGACGGCGACGGUGGCAACCGCGGAAGCCGCGACGGCGGGGGCUGGUACGAGAGUCUCCACCCCGCCGCCGACGCCGACCACCAAACGUACCGUAAUACGUUUACGUGCGCCUUCGACGACGACGCCUAUCCCUUCGCGUGCGCGACCGACCCAUCGACGCACCAAGCGACGCGUCGCAUCGCCCACGCACCUCUCGAGCACGACGACGACGACGACGACGACGCGAGCCCGCCCCGGCUGAUCGCGACCGCCGGAACUAGCGCGGCGGGGCACGCGUCGCACGUGCUCCGGUCGCUCAUCUUCGGCAAAGGCGAGCUCCGGCGCGGGAAAACCAAAACCGCGGAUAGGAGCAAAAAGGUCCGGAGAAAGCCGGCGGGGUGCGGACGCGCCAAGCGGACGCGAAGCGGGUUUUCGGCGAAGGACGCGGCGAAUGACGACGUGAAUGGCGUCGGCGUCGGCGUCGCUCGGGGACGUCUCGCGGACGGCGACGACGACGACGACGCGAAUGAGGAGGAGGAGGACGCGGCGGGGACGUUCGCCGCGAGAAAUCCGACGCGAUGGGUCGCGAGCGAAUCCGCCGCCGCCACGUCGGACGCGGUCGACGCUGACGUGUCAGCCGCGAUCCACGCCGCCACGCAGUCCGGGGCUAAGUCAGGGACGAUCGCGGCGAUGACGCGCGCGCUGAGCUCGCUCAGGAACGGCAUCGCGGAUGAGCUCGUCACCCUCUCGCACACGGAGGCGAGGACGGUGAGCGCGGCGAUGGCCGCGGACGCCCGCGCCGGCCGCGUCAACCACCGCGGCCUCCUCUUCGACGACGCGGACACCGCACACUCUUCGGGUCUCUCCGAACCCGGACGAUCGAUCGAACUCUUCGUCGGGAACUCUUCCUCCGCCGUCGCGCUCCGCUUCCGCGAGUGCCGCUUCCGCAUCCUCCGUCAGUUCAACCGCGACGCGAUGCGGUGCCUCGUCGCGCACUGCGGCGUCGACGCCGCUCGCGAGUGGGACACCGGCGACGUCGUCGACCCCAGAGUGUUCAACGAUUCGGAAGGUUCCGUCCUCGAGCGCCCCCCUCGCGCGCCGCUUCGGUUGGACCAAAACUUCCUCCCUCCCGAUCAUCAGGGCGCCGGCGAGGAGACCACCGCCGAUCGACUGUGCCGGACACACUCGCAGACGCUCACGCAGCUCGCGAGGGACGCGCCGGCAUCGCUCAAGGCGUCGUCCGGCCUUCUCGCUCGCAAGCAACUCCUCCUCGGCGGAAGCGACCUCGGCCGGGAACUCCGAGCGGAGUCGUCGAGCCCGCGCCGGACGAAGAAGAAGGUCGCCGGAUCGAAUCCCACGCAACGCUCGCGCGCCAACCUCACCGCGCGGAAGCAGCACAGCGGCGAGGCCACCGAGGUGCUCGAGCGCUGGUUCUGGGACAACUUUUACCCCACGGAGCAGCGGCCGAAGCCCGUGCCGACGCGGGAGGAGAAGCGAGCGCUCGCCACCGCCACCGGACUUUCGGAGAGGCAGGUUGCGGAUUGGUUCGUCAACGCGCGCGCGCGGAAGUGGAAGCCCCGGAUGGAGCAGAUCAUGAGGGAGGUUUGCGGCGAGGUCGGGGAGGAGGGCGUGGAGGGCGGCGCGUGA